AUGAGCCGGUGGCCGCAGUGCGAGCCCAACGGCACCCGGCCCGGCGCCAUGCGGGGCAACGCGACGGGGCGGUGGGCGGAGGGCUGCGGUGCCGUCUCGGUGGCGUUCCCGCUGACCAUGAUGAUCGCCGGCAUCGUGGGCAAUGCCCUGGCCAUGCUGCUGGUGUCCCGCAGCUACCGGGCCAAGGGCAGCCGUCGGAAGAGAUCCUUCCUGCUCUGCAUCGGCUGCCUGGCGCUCACCGACCUGCUGGGACAGCUGCUCACCAGCCCCAUCGUCAUCUCCGUUUACCUCUCGGACCGCGCCUGGGGCGCCGUCGACCCCUCGGGCCACCUCUGCGUCUUCUUCGGCUUCAGCAUGACGGUGUUCGGGCUCUGUCCGCUCCUCAUCGCCAGCGCCAUGGCCGUGGAGAGGACGCUGGCCAUCCGCGCACCGCACUGGUACGCCAGCCACAUGAAGACACAGGUGACCAAGCUGGUGCUGCUGGCCAUCUGGCUGGCCGUGCUCGCCUUCGCCCUCCUGCCCAUCGCUGGGCUGGGCCGGUACACGCUGCAAUGGCCCGGGACCUGGUGCUUCAUCAGCACCGGACACAGCCUCUUCUUCGCCUCCGCCUUCGCCGUCCUGGGGCUCCUGUCCCUCGUGGUGACGGUGGCCUGCAACCUGGCCACCAUCCAGGCCUUGGUGUCUCGCUGUCGGACCAAAGGCGCUGCCUCCCGCUCCAGCAAGCAGUGGGGGCGAAUCGCCAUGGAGACCCUGAUCCAGCUCCUGGGCAUCAUGUGUGUCCUCUCGGCCUGCUGGUCACCGCUGCUGAUAACCAUGCUGAAGAUGAUCUUCAGCCAGACAUCAUUUGAGCACUGCAGGGCUUUCUCCAGUGCAGCCCAAAGCCCAGACCUGCACAAGGAAUGCAAUUUCUUCCUGACCGCCGUGCGCUUGGCCUCGCUCAACCAGAUCCUGGACCCCUGGGUUUACCUGCUCCUCAGGAAGAUUCUGCUCCAGAAGUUCUGUCAGGCAGCCAGUGCUGUCUCCAAGUGCUCUAACAACGAGUGGAAGGAGAGAUCCAUCACCUUGUCAGAGGAGAUCCGACGGACAGCAGCCUGAGGGAGCCAUUUCCAUGGAAACUGCUUUUGCCCCGGAGCCCUUCCAAACCUUCCUGUGAGCUGGGGUGUCUGUAGCUGGCAGUGCCUGCAUGGCUCAGUCAGUGCUUAUCCAGCCUGCCCAGAGUCCUCAAAAACAGAAGAAGGAGUUGGUUUUGUUUCAGCAUUCUGUUGUUACUGCCAUUCCCUAACAGAAUGUGACAUUUUGUGUGCCUGAAACAGAGUUUGGGGGGAGUUUUCUUGCAUAAAGGAGGAAAAAAUGGUUUUCCUAUUGGGGUUACUUGGAAUGGAUUCAAGAGGUUGAAGUGGGACUGACUCUUCAGACUGACCCACUCCUAUAAAUGUUUUAAUACUAAGACUGUAGCUUCAGAGAAUCCUUCUG